AUUAAAAUAAAAUUGUGUGUGUCCUUCUUUAAAUUAACAAAUAUUUAUUUCACUAUUAAAUUAUCACAAAAUUCUUUAUGUUUUUAUUAUUUUUUAUAGUUGGUUUUUUAAUAGUACUUCAAAAUAUAAUGCCAACAUUCAAUUUACAAAAAGUUAAUAAAAAAAUGAACUCCUCCUCUUCUUCCUCCUCAUCAUCGUCAUCAUCGCAAACACCCAAUUUAAAUCAAACAAAAUCAAAUUCAUUUAUAAAUCUUUUCGAAAAUCUUCUUUCAAAAAUUUCAAAACCAAAUUCAAUCUAUAAUGCAAAUAAAACAAACAACAAUAACGAUGGUAAUAAUAAUAGCAAUAGUAGUCCGUUGUCAAUAUCAACAUCAACUAUGCCAUUAUCCCCAACCUCAACAUCGUCACAAUCUAAUAUAUCUAUACCAUCCACUCGAAUUUCUUCUUCCUCAAACGAAAACAAUAACAAUGUAAAUAGAACAUAUCAAUCAAAAUCACUAACUAAUAUUAAAUAUCAUAACGCAUCCCCAUCAUCCAUUGUAAAUAGCCAACAACCACCACAAUUAUCAAAAAAUGAAAUAGAGGAUAUCUGUGAAGAAUAUAAAUCAACAAAAAAAGAAACAUUAUUUUUCGAUAAUAAAACAAAUAAAGGAGAAAGAAAAGAGUGUUUUGAAAAUGAUUCAUAUAAAUCAUUUUCAAAUUAUUUAUGUAUCAACCACAAAAACAAUAACAUUACAAAUAGUAACAAUACAUUCCUUAACAAAACAAGUAAUAAUAUUCAAAAUCAAUGUAACAAUACUUAUUUCCCAUUUGAAGAAUUACCAGAAGAGAUCAUAAUCAAAAUUGCAGGUUAUUUUUCUUUAGAUUGUGUAUAUAAUAUGUCUUUAGUUUCAAAAAAUAUAUAUAGAUUAACCCAAGAUUAUUUUUUAUGGAGAGAUAAAGUUAUAGAUAGAUGGGGUAGCAAUAAUAAUAAUAGUAACAAUAACAAUAACAAUAACAAUAACAAUAACAAUAAUAAUAAUAAUUCAAAUCAAAAACAACCUCCACUUAUAAAAAAAGAAGAAAAUUCUAUUUUAUUAAAAAAUCUAUUAUUUGAUUCUCAAUGGAAAAACUAUUAUCAUUUAAGAAUAUUAUCAACUGAAAGAGGUGCAGUUUUUUCAAGCUUAUUAAAGAUUAAAGGAGUAGUUCCAUCACCAAGAUAUCAACAUACUGGUACAACCGUUGGCAACUUUAUUUACUAUAUAGGUGGCCAAGAAACUCAAAUUCGUAGAUUUAGUGAUAUCUUUAGAUUCGAUGUUGAAAAGAGCCGCUUCUCCAAGGUUGAAGUUUCAGGUGUUGCUCCACCAAAAUUUGCUCGUCACACUUCAGUUGCAAUUAAAAAUCGUAUUUUUGUAUUUGGUGGUUUUGAUGGUAGUGGAGUAUAUUUCGAUCUUUCCAUUUUUGACACUGACAAGCUUUCUUGGACCAAUCCAACAGUAUAUGGUAAACCACCACGUUCACGUACUAACCAUGCUUCAGCUGCAAUUGGCGACAAGCUCUACGUUUUUGGUGGAAUUAAUAGAGAUGGUCGUUGGGAACUUCAAGAUUUAGACGAAUUUUUUGUAUUUGAUACUGUUACAUAUAGUUGGUCAGAAAUUAAAGCUACAGGUGAUAUACCAUCAGCACGUUGUGGUCAUAGAUUAGUUUCGAUUGGUAAAAAACUUUAUAUGUUUGGUGGUGGCGCAGGUGACUCAUGGAGAGAACGUUUUAAUGAUAUUCACAUCUAUGAUACCGAAACAAAUAUUUGGCGUCGUGUUUCAAAUUCCCCCAAUAGCAAUAACAACAAUAAUAAUAACAACAAUAACAACAAUAACAACAACAAUAACAACAACAAUAACAACAACAAUAACAAUAAUAAUACACCAAAUAUUACUUGUAAUCCAAUAGUUCAAGUUUGUACAUUUAGUAGUGUAUUUGUUUUAGGUCCACUUAUUGGUGUCUUUGGAGGUCAACAUUUAAUUCGUGGAAAAGUUACAAAAAAACUUUACUUUUUCGAUUCAAUUUCAGAAUCUUGGAGUAAAAUGUCAUUCCUUUGUACAAGUCCCGAUCCACGUGAUAUGGCCAGUGCUAAUGUAAUUGAUAGUAGGGUUUAUAUUUUCGGUGGUUACGAUGGUCGUGCAAUGAAUGAUAUGAAUGUAAUCGAUAUAGCUCCAAAAUUAAAAUCAUUAAUAAAUAUAAAAUAUCACAAUUAAUCAAUCAAUCAAUCAAAAAUUAAAUAAAUAAUAAAUUAUAGAAAAAAUAAAAAUAAAUAAAAAUAACAAAUAAAAUAAUUAGAAGAAUUUUUUAAUUAUUUAUAAUUUUUAUUGCUUAUAU